CCAAUCAGCUCGCAGCGAGCUUGUUUAUUUGUCAUCUGCUUCCUUGUUUUUACUUCAGCUCGACACAGAGCAGAUACAGAGCUGCUACUAUUUCCGCUGUCCAACUACCUCACAGAAUAUGUUGAAGGACGGAGUGCUCACAAAUGUGCCUUUUGGAUGGGCUGCGGGUGGAAACUUAACUACGUUGUGCCCCAACGGGUCCAAAUGGGUCUGGGAAGGUCUUGGAGAAUGCGCCCAGGAUGCAAGGGACAUGGCCAGUGUCUACCUGGGCCUACUGUCUAUCCUCUGCUUCAUGAUGUCCUCGCUGCCGCAGUAUUACAGUUCGUGCAAAACGGGAAAUAUGGACAGCGCUCUCUCCAUUUGGUUUCUGCUCCUGUGGUUGGGAGGUGACACGUGCAAUCUGGUGGGAUCCUUUUUGGCAGACCAGCUUCCACUUCAGACAUACACUGCUGUUUACUAUGUUUUGGCGGACUUGUUAAUGUUGGCCAUGUAUUCAUACUACAAGAUGAAGAACAGAAUGGUUGAAAACAGGAGGGUUUUGCACGUGUUUGGUGUAGCAUGCGUCCUGGGCUUCACUACAAGUUUCGCCAACCUUCCAGGGUUGCUCCCCACCCAACAGGAAGUCUCCUUGGCACACAAGGGGCGGACGCUGCUCUCAAGCGCAGAUGUUGGCGCGUCUUUUACCCCCAAAGAAAUCAUCGGCUUCUCUAUUGGCUCGGUGUCAUCAGUGCUCUACCUCUUUUCCAGACUUCCGCAGAUUUACACUAAUUUCAAGAGGAAGUCAACCAAGGGGGUCUCUUUCUUCCUGUUUGCUCUGGUAAUCCUUGGAAACACGACAUACGGCCUGAGUGUGCUGAUGAAGAACCCUGACCAGGGUCAAGGAGAAAACAGCUACGUGAUCCAUCACCUGCCCUGGCUCAUCGGAAGUCUCGGAACGCUUGUCCUGGACCUCUUUAUCUCCGUGCAGUUCUUUAGCUACCGCAAAGCUGCAUACAGGCUGGACGUCAGCACCUCAGAGACGACGCCUCUAAUGGGGGGCUAGAAUGUUCCGCAAGCCACUCCUACAUUUAUUGCCUCUAAAAAAAUCACCAAAAAGGGUAAACAUUUCAUUUUUUUAAUUGUAUAGUUGUAUUUAUUAACUCCCUUUUUCAGGUAAAUGUUCUUUUAAAUAUUGUAGAUGAGAUUGCGCCUUUUUGUGGUUCAGUUUUAAAGGGAAUGGCGAAGAAUUCGCCCAUCGAGGUGUAACACUUUUUUUGUUUAAAUUGGAAACAAGUUGCCAAAUGCUUCUGCCUGAACCUCCCUGAUCUCGUUUACAGUACAACUGUAACUUGAAUCUUUGCUUAGAUGUUUUUCUGCCCUUAAAUGUAGAAAUUCUACAUGUUUGUGAAGCCCUGGAAUCUGAGGGGGAAAAAAAAAACGGUGCUUUGAUUUUGUGUAUUUUAAACACGUUUUAAUUUCAGUUUCGUGGUUUUAUUUGACCUUGUACUUAUUUUUAAAUAUGGACACCAUGAACAGUUUUAUUUGCACUGGUAAUGGUAAUGUCACAAACUACACAUAGUUUCAUGCAUGUUUAUUUUUCAAUUAUACUCAGCCCUCUCACGUAAUUUUUGCACAAGUUGGUUUUGUACUUUUAGUGGGGAAAAAAGUGUCAUUAGGUCAGUGUACUGUUAAAAAA